AUGGCAGAUCUGCUCCCAACCCCAUCCGAACAACAUGUUCUAGAAUCGUUCCGCCUUGCCGGCAGAGUCGCCAUCGUCACAGUGCUGACAAGGUCACCGUCUUCUCCGACAGGUGGUUCGCGUGGCAUUGGCCUGGCAGUGGCCGUUGCGAUCGCCGAGGCCGGCGCAGACGUAGCCAUCGUGUACAAUACAGCCAGGGAUGCAGAUACUACGGCGGUAUGGCUGAGUUACACGCACAGUGUCCGAUGCAAGGCCUAUCAGUGCAACAUUUCCGAUGCGACUGCCGUAGAUGCUAUGGUCGACCGGGUCGUCGCUGAUUUUGGCAGGCUGGAUAUUAUGGUCGCCAACGCCGGCGUUGCCCAUGACUACCCAGCGGAAACAACGACGCCGGAGCGCCUGGCGCAGACAAUGCGUGUCAAUUUUGACGGCAGCCUGUGGUGUGCACGAAAGGCUACGCAGCUGUGGCAGGCCACGGGCCAGUAUGGCAACAUCAUCUUUACGACGAGCAUGAGCGCCAGCAUCGUCAACGUGCCCGACAAGCAGGCCGUGUACAACGCCUCCAAGGCCGCUCUGGUUCACCUGGCCAAAAGCUUGUCCAUUGAGUGGCUCGGCACCUGCCGGGUCAACUGCAUCAGCCCUGGCUACAUUGCCACCGAAAUGCUGGACUCGAUUCCAGCCGACACGCAAAAGACGUGGAUCGAUCUUACGCCGGCCAAGCGGAUGGGUCUGGCGCACGAGCUGAAAGGGGAUCUUCCACCAAAAGCGCCUGGCCGUCUUCCCCGUCGAAUCUGUCUGCUGCCAAAUCAUCACCAGCGCAUCACGAGCCCGCGUAAUGUUGCCAAUAGCAACGCUUUUCUCCAACAGAAACAGCCGGUCGAGCACAAAAUAGCGCUGCCGUGGGUUGCCAGUCUCACAGCCGGCGAUGAACAGCGGCAGAGUGAGCGCGGCAAACUCGCAGUGGGCGCCAACAGGGAGCGUUUCCAGCAUGUCCAGACAGCCGUCCACGGCGCGGGCUUUGGCGUACGGGAGGCCGUCGAUGAGAGCGCGCCACUCGGCUGGCUCAACGUCAAUAAGGGUGCUCUCUGCGUACUCAAUCAUGGCGUGCAGAAAUACAAAGGCAGCAUAGCGGAUGCGCUGGGCGACAAACAGCAACCGCCCGAUCUGGGCCAUGGUGACGCCAGCUGGACAUGGCUGUUCUCCUAG